CCCUUGUCGUGCACUUGACACCACGAUGGAUGACUAUCCGAUGUAUGGGUUGCUCGUUGGGUUCUCCCUCUGGGGGACCCUCUGGCGUCUCCUUUUUCCUCUGGGGUUCUGGCACGCGAUGACGAGUAGAGUAGAAACCCGGGGUGGAGGUUCAACCCAGCCGUACACGAAGGAGGAGGAGGAGAAGAUGGCCGCCAUUCUGAGAGAAAGAAAAGAGAAGAAAGAGGCCAAGAAGAAGGCCCUACAGGAGGAGCAGGCGGCCAAGUUGAGAAAGAUUGAGGAGGAGAUGGCCAGAGAGAAGGAAAAAAUAAAGAAGGAAGAAGAGGAGAAGCUGAAAGAGGUGGAAGAGGAAGAGGAGGAAGAUGAGACGCCACUGCAGCGGAAGAGGGGGCAGUACAGUGGCAGCAGGGAUGCUGAGAUGGAGAAACACAUCUCGGAGUGGGUUGCCAAUGUCUCCUCGGAUCAGCAAGUCUUGAUUGCGAUCCACGCGCUUAAGGAUGAGGCCGCCAGCUUCGCAAGGUCCCUUGUUCGUGCCGCCAACUGCAAUGACGAUCCAGUUGCGUACUCCUCGUUCACUCUCCUCGCUGAUUUCUUGAAGCUGCUGCGCGAGCGAUUUGCCGACGUUGCUCGCAGUGUCAAAGCCUCAGAUAGGCUGCAGACGAUCCAUGCUCGUAAGUGGAAGAGUGCCAGAGCACUCAAGAGCACAAUGGACGAAUUAGUGGCGGUACCUGACCACGGGGUUACAGACACCCAGUUGGUCGGCCUCUUCUAUCGGGCUAUGCCCGAAGCCUUCCGAGGGCAUUUCUUCGCAAAGAGCGAAGACCCUGCCACUACUUACGAUUCCCUUAGUCGCGAAGUGGUGGCUUUUGAAGCCAAGUCUAUGUCUGUGUCCGCCUUCUGGCACAAGGACUUGGACAAGGGAAAGCAAUGGAAGGGCCGCACUAUCUCAGGGCAAGUGAAGACUAAGGAUAUUCUUGUCCUAAAUUUAGAUGAGGGUAGUGUGGAUGAGAUCCCCUAUGAUCAGAUUGAGUGGGGGUUAGAGGAGGAGGACAGCGGUGUGGGCCAGGGGAGGACUUACGCUGCUGCCGCGGCUGGAGGGAGGUCGCAAGGAGGAGGACGAGGCCAGGGCCAAGGGGGCCGGGCCUCAGGGAGCCGUUUUCAGGGCGAUCAGGGGGUUGGCGGCAGGGGAGGAAACCGCCAAGCGGGAGGCAGGGGUCAAGGUCCCCCGCAAAACCGUCCUAGGAACAGGUCUCCCUACAGGGUAGGAGGAUGGCACCCAGGGCUACCGCAGGUCAGUAUCCUCGCGGACAAUCGCGCGAUGCGAGUAGAGGAUUACGUAGAGGGAAUCCAGGCGUACUUCCACCUAGAGCAGGAUGGGAAAGUGGAGAAAGUUCUCCAUUCCCUGACUAUCCUCGUAGAGGAUAGCCUCCCAUUUGACAUAGUCCUAGGUAUGGACUGGGGAGAGGCAGCCGGGGCCACACUCCAUUUGAGAGAGCAUGAGUGUAGGCUCCCUAGCCCAUCAGGCGGUGUUAAGACUGUCCGCCUGUUCCAUAUGUCAGGAGUGGAUAACUCCUUGGCACAUUGCUGCCUUAGUGCUCCUGCCUUUGCACGAGUAGUGAAAAAGGAGCAGCUAGAGGAACAGGUUUUCGUGGCCUAUGUUAGGCCAGUCACUGGGCCUAAGGAAGAGAAGCCCAUAGACCCUGCUAUUGCCAAGUUGCUGGAAGAGUUUAAGGACUUAGCUGAGCCGCCAACAGGAACAGUGUCGUGGCCCAUCCAGCUUCGUACUGAGAUAGAGCCUGGCAGUAGAACUCCUAAGGGCGUAGUGUAUAGGAUGUCCCCGCGGGAGUUAGAGGAGUUUCGCAAGCAGUUAGACGAACUCCUUGAGAAGGGCUGGAUUAGGCCCAGUUCGUCUACGUUUGGAGCACCUGUUCUGUUUGUCCCCAAGAAGGAGGGAGAGUUGAGGAUGUGUAUAGACUAUAGAGGUCUAAACGCUAUUACAGUGAAGAAUGUUGAGCCACUGCCGAGGAUAGACGAUCUCUUAGAUCGAGUGCAGGGGGCCAAGUAUUUCUCUAAGAUAGAUUUGAAGUUCGGAUACCAUCAGAUAGAGGUUCAUCCUGAUGACCAGUACAAGACAACUUUCCGGACUAGGCCAUGGUUAGACAGAUUCGUCAUAGUUUACUUAGACGACAUCUUAGUGUUUAGCAAGACCCUCGAAGAGCAUCAGGGUCAUCUCAGGCAGGUCUUGGAGAAGCUGAGGGAAGCUAACUUCAAGAUCAAUGCGAAGAAGUGCGAUUGGGCGAAGACCCAAGUUUUAUAUUUAGGCCACGUCCUAGACGGAGACGGUGUCAAGCCAGAGGAUAGCAAGAUCGCAGCGAUUAGAGAUUGGCCGACACCGCGUACGUUGACAGAAUUGCGGUCGUUCUUAGGCCUAGCAAACUACUAUAGGAAGUUCGUGAGAAACUUCUCCACCGUCGCUGCGCCCCUUCGCAGAUUGCUCAGGAAAGAGACUAUCUGGAAGUGGGAUAAGGACUGUACGUCUGCUAUGAAGAAGUUAAAACAGGCAUUGAUAGAAUAUCCAGUCCUUAAGGUAGCCGAUCCGUCCUUACCCUUUGUCGUCACUACGGAUGCUAGCCAGUACGGCAUAGGUGCUAUGUUGCAGCAGGACGAUGGCCAUGGUUAUAGGCCCGUAGAGUUCAUGUUCGCCAGAAUGCCUUCAGAGAAGGUCGCGACAUCUACCUAUGAGAGGGAACUCUACGCUCUCAGGCAAGCGUUAGAACACUAGAAGCACUACUUGCUUGGAUUGAAAUUUUCUCGGAGGGCCUUGAAUUUAGGCCGGCGGGAGUGAAACGGUAUUCACCAGUU